AUAAAAAUUGGAAAUGACCUUUUUGAGUGCCAUAAUAGACCAGAUAAUUUCCAAAAAGUCCAUAAAUCAGAAAUACCACGGUGGUAUGGUCUAGUGGUAUGACGUCGCGUUGUGGCUGGCGGUUCAAUUAUGAACCCGAUCCAGAUCCGCGCCAGCCUGGGUUCGAUUCCCAGUACCGCCAAAGCGAUUAUCCUUUUUUUGCAAUUUUUUUCACCAUUAACAUGCCGCCUACGUUCGAGUCUUACUACGAUCUAAAGUUGCCAUCUCUGCUUCUUUUGUGUGUUAGCAACUACAUAAUAUCUAUACUACUACAUUGUAUAAUCCGUUCUUCUCUUGUUAGCUUUACUUUCAAACAGAGACAGAACAUCUAUACAAUAAAGAAACUGCCACUGGCCUAUCGUUUCCUCUAUUUUUGGAAACAGUGUAGGUAACUAACGCGAGGGUUGAUGAGCUUGAGAGAAAGAGAGCUAUCGAGUUGUCUGAGCGCUUGUACUAGGGUACUCUUGAAGCUCUAGACUAUGUAGGGCGUCGUGCGGUAC